CGUAGAUCGUGUGAUCGAUCGUCACUGAUUCACUGACUCACUGUCAUUCAAAUUUCAUUCAUUUCAUUUCAUACGGUUGAAUUUUGUGUUGGAGUACGAACGUGUUGACUUAGUUAAAGUUUUAAAAUCAGUAUUUAAAAUUUUUGGUUUAUAAACAAACACAAUGGGCAUACCUGCUGGCAAUGCUGAAAAUGGAAAGAAAAUCUUUGUGCAGAGAUGCGCUCAAUGCCACACAGUUGAAGCUGGUGGUAAACACAAAGUAGGCCCCAAUCUAAACGGCUUCUUUGGACGCAGAACUGGCCAAGCAGCGGGCUUCGCCUACUCAGAAGCUAACAAAUCCAAAGGUAUUACAUGGGGAGAUGAUACGCUGUUUGAGUACUUAGAAAACCCCAAGAAGUACAUCCCCGGUACCAAAAUGGUGUUCGCUGGCCUCAAGAAACCAAAUGAACGUGCCGACCUCAUUGCGUACCUCAAGCAGGCAACCAAGUAAUUUUAAUGACAUUAGGAAAAAAAUUAAUGAGAGGUGUAUUCCAUUAUAUGGAACAAUCUUCUUGUUUUAGCCCAAUCAGUAUAAUCAUAAUUUAAUGUAACUAUUUAUUUUGAGUUAACAUUUCACAAAGUGAUAGUUCUUAUGUCUUGUCACCUUCAUAGCUGUUAAUAAUGUAAUUGUAUGAAUUGUGAUGUACAUAAUAAUGUAUGACUAAAAUUUUUUGCUGAGCAUAACAAUGUUGUGAAUGGUUCUUGGUGUUAUUAAAUUAUUAUUAAUAGACAUCCCGGAUAGCUUUUUAUUUUGUAGCAAACAUUUUAAAUAGUUAUCUGAUCAAUGUUACCAUUUUUAGUUAAUCGUGUUUAAAAUUAGAUUUAUUUUAAUAAAAAUUAUUUUUAUUUUA